GCCUCGGGGAAGCGGUCCCGGAACAGCGACGCCAGGAGCCCUUCAUCCUCCACCUCGCCGAGAGCCGCUGCCGUGGCCCUGGCCGUGGCCGAGGCCGUGGCUGACGAUGGGGCAGUCGCUGCGGUAGCCAUCUUCCCCGCAACAACGUCACUUCCCCUCCGGACCACCGGGGGCGCUGACUCCGAAUUUAGGACAGGAAGAAACAGGACCAUUUCCGGUCUCUAUCUUUUCUCAUCCAGUCGGCUUGCUUUCCCCGGCGGUCGUCCAGACUAUUGGGCGCUAGCGAGAGGAACUAUUGGUACGGGGCUAGAGAGGAAGGCUUUGGGGUUGCCGGGGAGCAGCAAGCGGCCGACUUCCGUUUCCGCUUACGGAGGCACGAGGAUCCGGUGUUCCAACCCACGGAGAAAAUGCGGCCUUUGACUGAAGAAGAGACCCGUGUCAUGUUUGAGAAGAUCGCGAAAUAUAUCGGGGAGAAUCUUCAGCUGCUGGUGGACCGGCCCGAUGGCACCUACUGUUUCCGUCUGCACAACGACCGGGUGUACUAUGUGAGUGAGAAGAUUAUGAAGCUGGCCGCUAAUAUCUCCGGGGACAAGCUGGUGUCGCUGGGGACCUGCUUUGGAAAAUUCACUAAAACCCACAAGUUUCGGUUGCACGUCACAGCCCUGGAUUACCUUGCACCUUAUGCCAAGUAUAAAGUGUGGAUAAAGCCUGGUGCAGAGCAGUCGUUCCUGUAUGGGAACCAUGUGUUGAAAUCUGGUCUGGGUCGAAUCACUGAAAAUACUUCUCAGUACCAGGGCGUGGUGGUGUACUCCAUGGCAGACAUCCCUUUGGGUUUUGGGGUGGCAGCAAAAUCUACACAAGACUGCAGAAAAGUAGACCCCAUGGCGAUUGUGGUAUUUCAUCAGGCAGACGUUGGGGAAUAUGUGCGGCAUGAAGAGACGUUGACUUAAAACGAAGUCAUUGCAAGGACAGGCGGCUGUAUGGAAGGGCCGAGCUUUGUUUCCUGUGUUUGUGUGGACUCCAUCAUCAUGUUGAAUUUUGUCAACACUCUGACCUCUUCAGGGACUUCUUAUUUACUGUACUCUCUGUCAUUGACAAAUGCAGGCUGGAUUCUUAUUAUAUACAGAGAGAGCUCAAAAAUGGGGUUUCAGAUCUUUGUGUUUGUGAUGAAAUAGAAUACUCUGUUUCAUAUUUGAAUCAGAGGGCUUCUUGUUCUGAGAAAUAGGUUCAAAAUCAUUGGAACUAGGAACAAGAAUAGCUUAUUGUUAUCUGUGAUAACACUUUGUUUUCUAAACUCAUGAUAAGAACACAGGGAUUGUCUUUUUUAUUAAUUUGCAAGAUAGAUAUUUCCAUAACAGAAUAAUAAACCACAUGUGGGGUUUUAAAAAUGAAAUUUGUCUAAAAUAAUAAGAGCAAUUCAGCUAUUUUUCUAUACGGUAAUUGGUGUGUGGUAUGGAAGAAAAAUGUAUUCAAACCCCACUACUGCCACCUACCAACUGUAUGGCCUUGAAUGAGUCAUUCAGCUUUAAUAAGGUUCGUUUUCUUCUGUUUAAAAAGAUACAAAACUUAAAAAAUAGCUUUGGCCAUCUACCUGAGAAUUAGAAAUUCUGAUUUUUGGAAUUAGAAAUCAUGAUUGUAGGCUGGGCACAGUGGCUCACGCCUGUAAUCCCAGCACUUUGGGAGGCCAAGGUGGGUGGAUCACUUGAGGUCAGGAGUUUGAGACCAGCCUGGCCAACAUGGUGAAACCCCAUCUCUACUAAAUAUAAAAAAAUUAGCCAGGUGUGGUGGCACAUGGCUGUGGUCCUAGCUACUUGGGAGGCUGAGGCAGGAGAAUGGCUUAAACCAGGGAAGCAGAGGUUGCAGUGAGCCGAGAUGGUGCCAUGGGAUUCCAGCCUGGGUGACAGAGUGAGACUCCGUCUGAUUGUAAAGCAUCUAGUACGGUGUACAGUGCCUGGGAAAUGAUAGGUGUGGAAUAAAUGGUAAGAAUUAUUUUUAUAUAUAUUAUGUAUUCCUGUUAUUAAGUGUAGAGUUUUAUGAGUAUAAUUUGAUUAUAUUACCUUCUUUUUUACAAGCUGUUUUCUCAGUAUUUUUCUUGGAUGGGAUGAUCCUAAGCUGGAAUUUUUUUUCAUCACUAUGAUUUUAUAAAACAUAAUUUUUUCUAUGAACCUUUACUUACUUGACUGGAUUGAACUAAAAGCACUGAUCAAAGACCGCGACAUAAAAAUUAGUCCCUUUGUCCUUCCCGUGCCUCCCAAAGUUAUUUUAAGAUCGUUAGAAUAUUUCUUUAGUAACAUUUUAUAGACAAAAAAUGUAAAGACUUCCUGUAUUGCAAAACCAAACUAUUUCUUUAAUGAAUAUACUGCUUAUUUUAAGUUCCAAAGGUGAAGUCUUUAAGAAUAAAACAUUACCGACUCCUGCUUUUAUAUGUAAGCAAA